GAAGAUGCAUUAGAACUUGGGCUAAACAAUGGGUCCAAAAUAAAAAAUUACCUGAAUCAAAUAGAGGAAAACACCCAAAAACAAAAAGCCUUUUGGAUCAUGAAGAUGUUGCUGCUCAGAUUGGAAGUCACUUGAGGUCCAAUAAAUUUGAUAUAAUGCCUAAAAAAUUAUGUAAACAUGUCAAUGAUGUAAUAUUGCCUAAUUUUGGAGUGGAAAAUGAAAACAAGAAAAUAUCCGAAAAAACUGCAGCAAGAUGGCUCAAAAAAUUAGGAUGGGUAUUUACUGAAAACAGCUCAGAGUCACUAUACUCUAGUGAAUCUGAUGUUGAGUCUAAUAGUGAGUCAGAUGACUUUCCUAUUCUUGAGCUUGAUUUUAACACAUUUUGUGAUGAUGAUAUUGAAAGGGAGGAAGAUUAUGGCCUUGAUGAAGAAGAAGAAAUUCUGAUGAUCCAGAUCUUGGUUUAG